UAUCCAGCUUGCUGUGCGCCCUGCCUGCCCCGCCCGAGACCGCACAUUGCCCUGAGCUCCGACAUUCCCAACCAGCGAUAUCGGUUUGGCUUCAAGUAGCCAGCAGCCAUGCUCGCCAGUCCAACCCAAGGCCAUCCACCUCCUUCUUCGUACGCCACAAGUCCCCCGCAGAGCGCCCGCUCCCAGACGUUCAAACGCGCCGCUAGCAGCGACGACGAUGACCACGACGAUGACAACUCCACCAACCCUCGCGCUGCCCAGCGCCGCAACACGGUCGUCAAGCGCGCAUGUAACGAGUGCCGCCAGCAAAAGCUCAAGUGCAAUGUCCAGCAGGACCCAUUCGUAGCCUGCGCCCGAUGUCUCAAGCAGCAGCUAAAAUGCGUCAUCGAACCCAACUUCAAGCGUGUGGGGAAGCGCACCAGGAAUGCUGAGAUGGAGAAGGAGAUGGAGUACCUGCGCGACAAAUUGGCCUUAUACGAGAACACCCACGGCCUGCUACCAAAUUUCGUCGACACUCAUAAAGCUCAUCAACAGCAGCUGGACCAGCAGCAGCAGCAACCUCAACAGCCACAAGCGCAGCCCAUGCUCAACCCCCCCAUCAUGCCCAAUGAGUCCCCUCGCUAUUUCCCCGUACCACCCCACACCGAAGAGGACGAUGCCUUUCUGCAAACCCAGCAUCAGCAGGUUGCUGCGACCUCGUUGCUGGACCUUCGCAGCGGUUCUCCCAUGAUGCAUACUCUGGAGAAUGUGCGCCUCUCGCCUUCCCAGGUCAAUGAGCUUUUCUCCGAGUUCUUCGACCACUACCACCCUUUCCUUCCUUUUCUGGACCCUCUCCGUUCUCCUGAUGAUGUGUGCUCCAAAGACAGUAAACUUCUCUUUUGGGCCAUCAUCAGCGUUGCUGCCCGCCAUUACAUCCGGGAUGCUGGUCUGCUCCAGAGCCUCAAGGAACCUUUGACCGACUUGAUAUGGACAACGAUGAAGGGGCACAACAAUCAUCACGUGGUCAAGGCUCUGUGUCUGCUCUGUUACUGGCCUCUUCCUCAGCGCCGUACCGUUUCGGAUCCCACCUUCAUGCUGUGCGGCAUAAUGAUGCAGCUUGCCCUGCAGAUCGGCCUUCACCAGCCGACCCAUCCUCAAGACUUUUCACGGAAAAAGGUUCGUCUUCAGGUCGAAGAUAUACAAGAUCGACGGAGAACUUGGGCAGUAUGCAACAUUGUAGCGCAAACUGUAUCAACUGGUCACGGUCAACCAUCCAUCACUCUAUAUGAUUCUACACUCGAUUUCAAAACGGAUGACGAGGACCACAUGCGUAUCAUAACGCCAGACUUGUUCGUACGGCUACGCCAGGAGAUGGCUGCAAGCCGCAUCAACAAGUUGCUCUAUUCGACCACUACUCAGCGCUUUGCCGAUAGUGCGGCGACCACGUACAUGAAUCUUGAAGCAGGCCGGCUCAAAGAGGAACGAGGAGCUCUGGACGGUGUCAAUCAAUGGCUUGAGGAACUUCAUCAUUGUGCUGUGACCCUACAUCUCUAUCUAUAUUCUUUCUUCAGCCAGGAAUCGCGUAUGGAGCGCCAGAACAACCUGGUGGCGCUGUAUUACGCAGCCAAAGAGUUCCUCGAUCGCGUGUUUACCCUCCAACGAGAGAACAAAUUGAUUCAUGCACCAUAUCACAUCAUGCAGAUGGCGCUCGCGGCGGGGUUUGCCCUACUGAAACUGCUCAAUUCCGACCUCGCGAGCAGACUCCCCACAGACGGCCGGCAAUACGUUCUGCAGACAGUCGAAGCCCUUCGCAAAUCCAAAGUCGAGACCAAUGACCUAUAUGAUCGUUUUGCGGAAGUGUUGGCGCAACUCUGGAAAGAGAGUUCCAGGGGGCGAAGUCUGCACAGUAUGUCGCAGUCUCCAGUUGUUAGUAAUCUUGGGAUGUCGAGCAUGUUCAACACACAUCCUCAGCCUUCCCAGCAAGAGCAAUCCGGUCACCGAAGGGACAGUUCAGGCGUCUUCGAAGACCCUCUUGGUCUCAUCGUCCGAAGUCGCAUGAGUCUGAGCGUGGUGCACGACUGCGUUUGGCGCUGGCGCGAAUCCCAGCUUAGCAACCCUGGCGAACAUCUUGAUCAAAUUGUCCGCGACAACCCCACUAAUCCAGAUGACUCCUCAAACUCGACCCCACCGCCAGACGUGCUGCCAGCCGUGGAAAAUCCCACACACAGCUUGCCAAACUUCAACCCUCAUCUCAAUACGCUGAGCAUGCCGCUCGCACUACCUAAUGGUCUCGCCAGUGCGAAUAGCUACGAGUUCUUUGACUCGGUGAGCUGGAUGCUGGAAGCGCAGAAUGAUUGGAAUGGACAGUCCACGUAUGGUGCACCGUUCUCCCAUGACUUCAGCUCUUAG